AUGGUGUGCCCCGUUGUACAAGGACAGAAGAAAGCUAUUCCAGUGGCAGUGAAUGCUGUUUAUACAACAUCUGAUGGAAGUGGUGGGAAAGGAGAUGAGCUAGCAAACAUGAUCUUUAAUGAUUUGAAAACUCACCUAAAUAUCAAAGGUUCAAGUUUACUACAAAUGCAAGGAAAAGUCACGGAGAGACAAUAUAUAAAUGAACCCUUUGUUAGGAGCAUGAACAAGCCGAUUUUUGACGUACUUUCUUCUUCGGGUUUGAACAAGGAUGAAUUAAAGAUCGUCCUAGCGAGCAUAUGGUGGGAUUGUCACUGGGAUCCAGCCCACUUAUUGGAUAAAGUCUUCUCUUCGUUUAAGGACGACAGUUUUGUAAACCGAUUUCUUGGGCGAGUUGAACUAUUUCAUCAAAUAUUCCGUCAUGGCAAAAUGUAUGCAAUUGCCAAAGAAACGGCCAAGGAAUCCAACUUGCCAUUUCGAGUAACUAAUGCUUAUGCACCCCAAAGGUUUAUGAGCAGCAGCUAUUUGAGCCUGAAGCGUUUAGAGAUAAGCUAUGAAGCAUAUGUAGAAACAUUUCUAGACCAUCAUAACGAAGAGGAAAUGUGA